GAGGGGCGGAGGCAGAGCUGCUUAGGACACAACUCUGCACCUCACACCGUUCCUCAGGAAUGAGGCCAGUCCCGGGCUCUUAGUCAUUUCCUCUCAGCAGUUACACGCACGGCUCUCGGAGUGGCUUCUCUGCGGCUUAUCCUCCUCUCAGGAUUACAGAACCACUACAAAAAUGAGUGAACCAUUUGACUGUGAUAGCUGUAAGGAGUCUUUGUAUGGAAGGAAGUAUAUCCAAAUGGAAGAAGGUCCUUACUGUAUACCAUGCUACGACAGCCUGUUUGCCAACACAUGUGAUGAAUGUAAAGAGCUUAUUGGCCACGAUUCAAGGGAGCUCUAUUACGAAGAUCGUCAUUACCAUGAGAACUGUUUCCGGUGCUUCCGAUGUGAACGAUCUCUGGCUGAUGAACCCUUCACGUGCCAAGACGAAGAACUACUGUGUAAUGACUGUUACUGCAAUGAGUUCUCCUCCAAGUGUGUCAGCUGUGAAAAGACAGUCAUGCCAGGAUCACGCAAAUUGGAAUACAAUGGACAGACCUGGCAUGAGCAUUGUUUCAUAUGCAAUAAUUGUAAACAGCCCAUUGGCUCUCGCUCAUUUAUUCCUGAUAAGCAGGACCAUUAUUGCAUCCCAUGUUAUGAGAGCAAGUUUGCACCUCGCUGUACACAUUGCAAAAAGUCACUGACUAAAGGAGGCAUAACCUACCGGGAUGAGCCAUGGCACAAGGAAUGUUUUGUCUGUACUGGGUGUAAGACCCAGUUGGCUGGUCAGCAGUUUACCUCGCAGGAUGAGAAGCCUUACUGUAUCAAGUGUUUUGGAAAUUUAUAUGCCAAAAAAUGCUUUGGAUGUACUAAACCUAUCACAGGUUUUGGUGGCGGUAAGUAUGUCUCCUUUGAAGACAAACACUGGCAUCACAACUGCUUCAACUGCUCCCGAUGCUCAUGCUCCCUGGUAGGGAAAGGAUUUAUUCCAGAUAAUGAGGACAUUUUGUGCCGUGACUGCAACAGUGACCUAUAAACUUCUCAAGUGGAUACCAUAUAGCUGCACCACUGUGUACCCCUUCAUUUGUCAGGAAUCAAUGUAAACCUAUGGAGCUACAGGCUUUAUCCCCUCAUAACAGGCUUGUGGACUGCACAGUAAUUUUUGUGUCCUUAUAACAGCGUUUGACACUUCAGUAUACGUCUGUUUUGCCUAACUUUUUUCAUUGCUGGAGUGCAUUGGCUCCUUGAGUUUGGAUUUUGCAGCAAAUAGCGCAAGUAUUUUUCAGCAGUUACAAGACAUGUUUUGUAAUUUAAGUAUUCUUAUUCUUGUUGUAUAAAAAUUUAAAAUCAUUGUAUAAUAAAAAAAAAAUCUUAAGA